AUGCAGUCAUACUUCAGUACCGAAACAGGUGAACUCAUGGUUGACCUUACAGGUGAAACUACUCAAUUCCCACCUGAUAUUUCUGCCUUUCCACUCUUACUUAAACAAAAGAAAGAAGGUCUGCGUCAUUCACUCACAACAUUUUGUGAGACUAGAUGGUACUCUCUUGCAAAAGUUUGCUUGGGUGUUAAAGCCUUUGAAAAUGGAUUUAAUAAAUGUAUUGAUCUUAGUAAAACCAGUAAUUAUCCAGCAAUAAGAAUAGAAAUUCAAAACAUAAUUACCAACUGCCAUCACUUUGCAAACAACGACACUUUACUAAAAGUGCUUAUUCCCAUCAUCGAUGCUAUCGGUCGCCUUGAGUCGAGAGAUGCCACUCUAGCAGACAUCUUUAAAAAACUAUUAAGCAUUCAUUGCAUUAUUUCUACAGAAAAUGUUUCGGUUGAAGGGUUCAAAAACCAUGCCUUGGCAGCUCUUGAUAAAUGGACACGUGAAUUCUCAGAUGGCAUUUAUUUUGUUUCAUUUUUUUUAUCACCUAGUUAUAAACAAAUAGCAAUGUCAGGACAAAUGUUAGGCAAUUUAAUCGUUAGGGCAUCUUUGGAGUUGGCAAAAGCCUGGGGUUUUGACAAAAAAGAAACAACACUUUUGUUUAAAGAACUUAUCAGUUAUAAGAAUGGAGGUUCCCCACUUAUUUGGUGUUUUGCCAUGAAGGUAUUUGCAAUUGUUCCACAUUCAGUGUCCGUUGAAUGUUUGUUUUCUAGUUUGGAAUUAGUCAAGACAAAAUUACGAAACAGGAUAUCUCUUGCUUUAAUGGGAAUGCUCAAGAUACUUUGCCAUGAUCUUCAACAGAGACUACCUAAAAUGCCAAAAAAAUCCCCAAAAGCAAAUAAUCAGAAUAUAUUUGAAGAUUCUAUAAAUAGCGAAAAUGCCAACAUUAACCUCUUUGAGGAAGAAUUUAAUGAAGAAUUUUCACAAAUUAACAUUGAGGCAACGAACCUUGAAAUAGAAAAUGAACUAGCAAUAGAACAAUUUUUUAAUAUUGGAAUGCUUGAUCGAAAUCAAGAGAAUAUAAUUGAAGACUAUUCAGUUGUUAAUUCUCAACGACCUACCAAUAGUACUAAUGAAGAUUGGUCAUUGAUGAUAUCUUCUUUCAAUAUAAUACUAGUUAGAAUAGAUUUAUAG